AUGUUCGCCUUACUUUUCGUGGCUUGUCUAGUACCUGGUAAGUGUUUAUGGACAAUGAAUAUCAUUUAAUCAGAAAAUGUUCAGUGCUUAGAGCUCAAGACAUUCGCUGUUAUGCUUGCACAACUAUUGAUGCUAACGCCAUGCUCAGUGAAAUAUCCGAUCCGAACUGGCUGAGAUGGCUAGAAAAUGUUCGAUACGUUCCAUUUAGUCAAAAAUGUAUUGAUAGCUUUGAGGUAAUAACUGUUAGAGUGUAAUUUAUAGAAAUUUUAAAUGAACGUUCUUCAGGUGGACUUAGCUCUGCGUGACGGUGUUCGUAGCAGUGAAUGUGGACAGGGUGUCUGUAUGAAAAUGAUUUUCCAAGAGAAAAAUGGUAAUCUUUCUUUCUUUUAACAAAAUCAAACUGUAAGUUGUUUUAGGUAUAAGUCAUGUUUGGAGGAGUUGCAUACCAAACGCCAGGGAUCAGAUUAGAUCCGAUUGUACCAAAAUAUCGAGUGGUGAAGGUUAGGCAGAUUCUAUUCUUUCUAAAGAAUUAAACUUUUUGCAGGAAAUCUCGAAGUUUGCACAUGCGAUGGAAAUUUGUGUAAUGGCGCUGUUCAAUUAAAGACUUUUGCGAUGUCCGUUCUAUUCUUAUUAGUUUGGGCUAUUUGGUUAUAG